AUGUUCACCAGCAUCCGCCGUGCCUGGACUCGUUGGAGGAAGAGAAAGAAGAAGAGAAAGAAUAAGAAUCGGGCAUCAAGUCAGACUGAGGAUCGUGGCAAUGCCUCCAAUGCCCACAACCCCGAGAGGCAGAGACAGGAGCCUGAAAGAGCCUCUCUGCCAACACAGCAAGAUGCUCCACAUCCCAUUGAGAGUAACCCCCCUCCUCCUUCAAAUGCUCCUUAUGAUUCCACAGGAGCAGCCCUCCCUCAACACCAGCACCUAGUAGAUCCAGCCUCGAUACCUAUCUACCACCCCUCCACGCAAACAAUUGAGAUGUACCAGCCACCUCAAGCAGAUGCAGGAGUCGGAUCUCAAACGAAUCAUCAUCCCACCACCAUCCCAGCCCUACCAUACCACCCAUAUGUAGGUUCCGGACCUCACUCCAGUGGUCAUUAUGAUCCUAGGUACUAUGAUCCCAUCAUUGGAUCUGCCCUACCGUAUCAGCCAUACACCACUGCUGGAGCCACUGCUGGAGCUUAUUCCGACGAGUAUUAUGAUCCCAUCACUGCGUCAGCUCUACCCUACCAGCAGUAUGGAGGUUCUGGUGCUGCCUCUGGAUCUACUCUACCAUACCAGCCAUCUGCCGGUGUCGGAUUUUUUCCCGAUGCGGAUUACGGUUCUGUCCCUGGACCCGCCUUUCCCCCGCCGCCCUAUCCAGGAGAUGGGGGCGCGUACUUCGAUUUCGGAGACGGACCAUGGUUGCCUGCAGAGGGCCGAACUGCCGAAUUCCAGGAGCGCCCGCCUAGCUAUCACAGGCCGGCCCAGCCAGAUCGCAACUCAGGACCCUACUGGGGUGACGAUAUGUUUAACGGCCGGACAUCCCGCAUCCAGGAGCUUACUCCCGACGACCCUGAGUGGGACAGCUCUGAUGUGGUAAGCCAAGGCACGACCCUUGUGGGAGAACUCAGCCCCGCCAGAGGUGUCACUCAGGCCUUGAUCCCCAGCCAACCUCGCAACCUGCAGCCGGAGAGGGUUUCCAAUCUCGACGAAGCUCUCCGCUCUCCCGACCAUGGCUCGAGCUCGGCCAAUCCUGCCUCUCAAGUUAAUGCGCAACAACGGGGAGCUGCCUCCCAUGGACGCUUGUUGGCAAGUGCCAGAGGCGACUCCGUGAGGGGUGACGAAUCUCGCCGCCAUCAAGUCCCUAACUUCAGUCGGCCCCUGAACCGGGGUGGCCGCGAGGAGGCCGCUGGCUAUGCUCUCGGAUAA